AUGAACCACACACGAGGUCUUGUAUCAUCUGCCCAAGCUCUACGCCAUAUCUUCAUCGCACCCAUCCACACCUCCAGAGUCGGCAUUCUUCGGGUCAACCCUCUUCAAAAUGGCAAUCAAGCUCGCUUUUUUCAACAAUCCCGCCGUCUAGAGUUGCGAGAAUACCGGCCACCUGUGGACUCACCUCCGAUCAACGGAGCUAUCCGUGCAUCAUUUGUUCAAGUUGUGAACGAUGAAGGCAACCUAGAUCCUCCGACCAGAUUAGAGGAUGUUCUUGAAUCUUUCGACCAAGACAAGUUUUUCCUUCUGCAGGUGCAGGAAGGGGACCAUAACAACCCGCCGGUCUGCAAGGUCUACAACAAGAAAGAGGUCAGGGCACAUGAGAAAGCCAAAGCAAAGUCAGCUCGCUCGUCCAAAGUUGCGCUCAAACAAAUUGAGUUGAACUGGGCAAUUGAUGCCCAUGACCUGUCACACCGCCUAAAACAGCUCUCGACCUUUCUGGAGAAAGGCCGGAGGGUGGAAGUUCUGUUGACCACCAAGAAGCGCAAGCGCAGUCCCACGGUGGAUGAGAUCAAACAAGUUAUGCAGAGUGUUUUGGACACCAUCAGAGAGGCUGGUGGAACUCAGACCAAGGCAAUGGAGGGAGAACCAGGGAAGCAACUUAAGAUCACUGCCCAGAAAUCUUGA